AUGGCCACCUCAGCAACCCGCUCUACGCCCAACACCAGCGUUAACUCCCUUUCCACAGAGGCUGUGUUGCAGGCCGUGUCCGGCAACGAGCUGCUGUUGAAGCAGCAGGUCAGAGUGUAUGUGGCCAUCCCGUCGGUUCGACGCCUGGAGACCGUCCGGCUCGGGGUAUGGAUAGAUAACCUCACGUGCCCUGAAGACUACCUGUCUCUCUUUGUUCCCCUCAGUGACAACGUCUACGAGCUGGAGCUCAUUGUAGGGUAUACGGCGGAUGACAACAUUGUCACCUUGGAUUUCCUCCCGCGCCUCAAAGACCCGAUGAUUGGCCUCUUCACAGCAAUCGGCUCGAACCUCCGACAUGUCAACAUCAUCCUCAUUGGGUACAAGGAUGGCAGGAUCCAGAACACCUCUGUCAUCUUUGAGCGCAUCGCCGACGGCCCCUGGGAGCAGGUUCUCGAUACCCUCAAUCAUCCCUACCUUCCCGUUACGACCUCUACUUAG